AUGAAGCCAUUAUUCGAAUUAACCAAUCGUGAUAAUUUAGCAUACUGGAGCACGCGAGCUAAGCGUCUUGUUCAUUGUAAAAAAUAUGCUGAAGUCGAAAAUUUGCUGCUUCGUCUACCUAACAGUCCAGAAUAUCAGGAGAAUGAAGAGAUUAUUCGGGCAAAAAUUGCCCUAGCCUGGCAUAGAAAAGACAUCCAAGCGGUGUAUAAGCUCAUAGAGGUAGUUGGACCGUAAUUGUUUACGUUUUCGCUUUGAUGUGGUACGUUUUUUUUUUUUUUUUGUAUCUUGCAGCAGUUGUAAGUUGUUAGUUUCGCGUUCUAAUUUCUGCUUGGAAUUUGUUCAUAUCCAGGAAGGGACAUUCUCUCAAGGCGACGAUCUUAUUGAAAUAUGGGACGAAGCUCAUGUUUAUGAAGCAAAAGCGAGAACUGCAGUCCAAAGAUUUCGCGUGCGACAAAGGUUUGUUUCAUUGGUCUUAGCGGUACAUCUUCGAGUUUAAAAGAAAAAGUGAUAAUGAUACUAGAGUUUGAUUUAUUUAAUAUAUACUCUAAAAGAUUCUGGAAAGUGACUGAUUGGGAGUUUUUCACAUUUGAUAAGUUUCUUCAUAUUCUCUAUUUACAUAUAGACUUUGAUAAGGCCGUUAGGAUUUUACUUCGUUUCUAUCAUAUCUUUAAGAAAAAAAGGAAAUAGUCGUGUGUGAAUUUCAGUUUAGAAGUGAUAAAUGAUAUACAUCGGCGCAGAAUCUUUCCGUCUCCAAGAUAUGUCGCACAGCUUUGAUCGAGAUAUAGAUUAACCCUAGAGGAAUCGAAUUACUUAAAAAAACGGAAGCGUAAAUGAGGACGAGCAUAGUAAAAUAUAAAUGGUGUAUUCAUCAACCAAAGGUCCAAUUUUUAUACCGUCUGUAAUACUUCUCGACAAGGAAUUGAAGAAAAGUUAGAGUACUGUACACUUGAUUUAUCAUUUUUAUUUGCUGUAACUAAUUUUCGGAUUAUCAUCUUGAUUUAUCAUUUUACCUGAGUAAUUUGCGUUUAUAUCAGCCGAUAUGUCGACAAUAGCUCGAAGCUCACAGUGUCCCUCGAGCUUCGCUCUCGGAAAUUGUUUGCAUCUCGGAACAGAUAAUGUCUUUGAACAAAUAUCCGUGCAUAUUUUCGCGCCAAAUGGAAGCUACUGUGUCUAUUAACCUCAUUAUAUUUUUGCAACGCGCAGGUAAAAUUUUUACAACUAAUUUGCUUUUUUUUUUUUUUUUUUUUUGCGCGUGGGUUGUUUACUUUGUAUUGUUCUCUGAUACGACUUUAUGAACAAACAAACAUAUCAUUUAUACAGUAACAAUAGCUAAACAAGGUUUCAUCUUGAACUAAAUUUUCAACGAAUUCUUUAUCGUAGUUGGGCCUGUUUACAUGGAGGUGGGGGACCCCAGGUAGGUGAGGUAACCCGCUUAGCUGUGGUCGAAAAAUAAAACGCGUUUACAUGCAAUCUUACAACCCCGGGGUGCUGGGGUGAGGUUUCUUGAGGUUGUUGUUGCGCUUGCAUUUAAGGAGUUUGAGCAGAGGCUUCCCAAGCUCACAUCUCGAGAAACACGAAAGAUUAAUUCUCGAACACAUAUGUAUUUAUUCAUGAAAGCGUCACGCGUUGUGUUACGCGGUGUCUGGUUUCGCAAGGAACUAUUGACUUAAUACGUUAUACGGAAUAGUUUGGGAAACCAAAUAUGGUCGAUUUACAACGCUAAAUAUUCUGAAAUGUGAACAUUUUACACUCCUUGUGUUUCCGUUGCGGUUUGUGGUGAUUUCUGCCAGGAGACGGCUAGGAAAUGUGCAAAGAUUUAAAAAUACAUGUUUCGCUUUUGAGCUUUUUGCCAUGAAUGCGACCCCGUCUAGGCGGGUUACCCCACCUUGAACGUUUACAUGGCAAAUUGUCACCCCAGCUGACAGGGUUACCCUACCUGGCAGACUAGGCGACCCGCCAAGGCGGGUCACCCCACCCAUCAUGUAAACGUGAUCAAAAUAAAAUAAGAAAUUAUAUGGACAGGCGGGUGACCCCACCUCGGCGGGUUACGAGUAUAGCAGAAGCACCUUCGAUCAGGUGGUGAGUUUAGACCAAUCGUAGACGGGCAAAGAACUUGAUGGAUUAUAAUAAUUAACAUGCCAUAGUCUUACAGUAAAGCACUUCCUUUGUUCGUGUGGUACACGGGAUGUUUUCCCUUAACUUGAAUCUGAUGAACUUAACGGAUUGAAUAGCAGAUAGACUGUUCUAUGAUACUGUGAAAAACUUGCAUCAUGUACAGAGAAGCAAAAGCAGAACAUAUGUAGCUUGUCCAUGAAGCUAUAGUGCCAGAACCUAAGCCGGCAAGCCACAGUAAUUACUUUUUUUCUUUCCUGGUGGUGGGUACUCUUAGAACGGUUAUCUCUUCACAACGGAAACGUCCAUUUAAGUGGGAGGACAACCAUUAGAUAUGAAUAGAGAUGUUCUACCCAUUCAAUAAUAGAUACAAAAACUGUUGCAUUACGUCCUCUUCCACCCUACAAAUGCCAGUCCUCUGCAGCGGCCGCCCUCACAAUUUCCAAGGUGGCAGUUAAGGAGAGGUUCGCCUGUAUCAUGAAUUCUGUUUUAAUAAACAAGGGGACACUGAAGGAGGUCCUGGUAUGCGUUUUACCCGCUUUUCAUACCAUAAAAACAGCCUGCCUUCUCUCACUUCCUCCCCCCCUCCAUCCCCUCCUCUCCCCUCCCACUCAGUUGACAGUGAAAUGCUUGUAAGUGCCCCCACCCCACACUCAAACUGGACAAUUACAGCAUGUACCCUUACCACGCGCCAGCUUACGGCUAACGGACAGGUCGAGGUUUAGAAAUCCUUGAUUUACUUGUUAUCCACAGGUUCCCACCUCCGCGGAGCAUCUGCCCUUCAGGUUUUCGCAAGAAGAAAGGAAUUCCCAGAGAAACCUGUAAAGCACUACAGGCGUGGCUCAUGCAACGCAUCAGGAAUCCCUACCCUGACUCAACUGAGAAAAUUAUGUUAGCUGAGCAGCACGGAAUUACUUUAGCUCAGGUAGCGUAUAAAAAAGAGAAAGAAAAGCAUUAAUCAGAGAAUUGAAAAUUCCAUAACAUCAGAAAGGACUCUGCGUUUAGGUUUCCCUAGAAAACUUUAAAGGGCUACGUCACUAUUAGUCUACUUCCCAUUAGGCAUGUCAACGGAUGUGUUACGUGACUUCCCUAUUAAGGCAGCGGAGCCGUACAGAUUUAAUAUCAAUUUUUGUUUAGCAUGAAGUACGUAUGACGAAUGAAAGAGAACUAUACGAAAAAACCCAAUUCACCACAGAUUAUCCUCCGAGAUCGCAAUUACAAUAUUUUCUGGGGGAGAAUGGCCCCAGACACCCCAAAAAACUCGCGCUCCUGAGGCUAGUUUUCAAGCCCUCCCAGUGGAUAGAAACAAAAAAUAGUUAACAUAAAAAACAAGAAGAAACAAGGAUAGCUAAGGAUGGAGAAGAUUAAAGCUUGGGGCAAACAAUGAACUUGAAUAAUUUUUUUUCAGAAAUUAAUUAAAUUGAAAUUUGUUCGAUGUUCAAGCCGUGACCUAUCCCUGGGCACGCCAAUUGAUACAACAUCGGCCUUUCUCCCUCGGUGACAUAAUGAAACUAUCCUCGAAUUGCGUAAACCCAAACAAGCGAUUUGAAACACUUUCGGUGAAAACAAAUAUAAUCGAAAGAAUCAAGAAAACUUUGGAACCGUUUCUGUUAUUUUCGUUUAAGCUAAAGACCUGGUUUGCCAACGCCCGAAGACGUCUCCGAAACCGCCACGUAUUAAAAUGUCCCAAAAAGAAGAAGAAGAAUCUUUGGCAGAGAAAAACACUACAGAAAACGAGAAAAGACGUCGCCAUAUCAGAGAGAAGCGCAUCUGCUUUAUCUCUCAACGCAGCUCAAGGGCAGAAACAACCUCAAAGGUAUCAAGCAAUCACAACGAUGUUGGCUGUAACUUUUGUUGUCCAAAAAGUCGGUUGUAUUGGUGCAAUGAAACACAUCGCACAUAUCAUCUGAAAAUGUAAUAAUUAAGAACUAUUCACCGAAGUGAAGGUGGCUAGUUUUUGACAAAGCGGCGAGGUAAACAUCCACCCCUAGCCACCGUCACACUGAGGUGAAUCGUUACGUCAGUAUAUACUAAAGAAGUGAGAUAAUAUAACAUAAAAGGAUAAUUUUAACUCAUCUAUUCCUGCAAAAUUUUCGGGUGCAAAUUCCGUGAGAGUUGCUUGGAGGCGAAUAUCAAAGGAUAUACGUAGUAGCCAAUCAGAGCGCGCCUUAAACGCUAUCUGCCGUUUUAGUAUAAACUAAUUAACAUUGAAAUAUGUGGCGUAGGUUUAGCAACAGGGAAUAACCCAACAGUUUUUUUUAAUGUGAAUUUGGAAGAAGACAAAACAAGCUGGAAAAGCGAUAAGAAAACAUGUCAUACAGUCGUAACAGCGCUGAAGAGGCAACUCUUGACUUACGAGGUAAUUUGGUACUAUCAACUGAGUCGUAGAUAACGUAAAUUGGUUACCGUUAGGAGUGUUAAAGCUGAUAUUCGAGCGCGGGUCCUUGUUAGAGCGCAGGGGGACAUUCUCCAUUCACUCUGACGAAGGGCUAGCACUCGAAACGUCCGCUUUGAAACUCUUAACGGUGGCCAAUUUACGCUAUCGACUCAGUUGAUAAUACCAAAUUACCUUGUUAUACUCUCCCACUGACGCCGCACCACAGUUUCCUAAGAAACUUACCCUCUUCAUUCAACUCUUGACUAAGUUUGAGGUUAAUCUUGAUUAGUUGAAAAAUCUGCCUGCUUGCUCUAACUGGCUAAACGACUUUGUCGAUGUUAGCCUCCGCACAUAAGUCCUAUACGAUUCUGAUGUUAUAAACUAAAGUAUUAAAAAGAUCUUCCGAGUCCUAGAUACCCUCAAUUUCAAAAUGGGGCUUAGUGCACAAAAUAACUUUGUAAAUGAAUAACAUUUGCAGCGAGUGAAAAAGUCAUUUUCUUGUUACAAGCCUUCAACUUACUCUCACUUUGAGACAAAAGCCGUGAGAUGACUCACUGGAAAGCUUUUUGUCACCCACAGAUUUCAAAUCGCUGAUAUAAAGAGUCAAGUUAUGUGGAAUAGUAUCAUGACUGACUUUCCAGGAGUGUCCAUGAUGAACGGUAUUCCACAAUUUGCAGCGCCUUUUGUUCCUGUCAACGUUACCUUUCCCUAUCAGUUGUCAUGGUUACCCGCUGUGCACCCAACUGCAUUCUUGCCGGUUCAGUUUCCAUGGUCACCCUCGUACGAUCGGUCUGAUAAUGAAGUCGUUGUUAAGAGAGUUUGCGAAGAGUGCCUAGCGGAAUCA